AUGAUAAAUUUAGUACAGGUGGAUUCUGAAAAGAAUCAGAACAGGAUCUUAAUAUUUGUGAAGGUGUAUCCAAAUGUUAUCACACCAGAUAACUUGUAUAGUGACAUUUUUAUUUCAUCCAUAUCUGAUUCUCCUAUUACAGCACUUUAUCACACUGUUAAAAAAGUAUUUGCUCCUGUAUUGUUAAGAAAUGAACGUUGGAGUGAAAUAUUUAAUCCAAAACUACAGAACUUAUUAUGUGAUUUAGAAGCUGGUCUUGGUACAGUUGUUAGACAAACAGAUCCCAAUGUUAAAGUACAUCAAAACAAGUCUUUAUCUGAAAUUCAAACACCAUUAGAUGAAUUUAAAUAUUGGGCAGAUAAAUCAAUUAAUGGAAAAAGUGAUUCUGAAAAACAAAGGGCUAGUUAUUUUUAUGAAAUCUUUAAUCAAUUAGAAAAUGGUUUUUCUAAUUUAAACUCAUUAUCAUUAGUUGAAUGUAAAGAUUUCUUUGAUAUAGUUUUUACUGUGUUAGAUGAUAUCUGGAAACAAGAAGAAUAUUCUCCUCCAUAUCCUCAGGACAGAAUGGAACAUUUAUUAGAUAUUAUUGGUAAUGCAGUUGCUAUUCAUAUUCAGAAGAAGCUUAGUCAUUUAGGAUUAUGGGAGCAGUCAUUUUCUGUUAUUGAAGAUUAUCUUCAUCAAGCAAUUGAUUUAUGUGAAACUUGGCAAGAUAUUUGUCAAAAAUUAACUACAAUUUUUUGGCCAAAUUUUAGAAAUCAUCCAUGGAAGAAAAGUGCAUUUAUUCCAAAAUACAUUGUAAAAUUUUCAGAAAGAUUACUUCAGAUUUUAGAUCUGAGAGCUGUACAUUAUCAAUUAACAAAACUUCUUAGUCUUGAAGAACAAAAUGAAUUACAAAUGAAUAAAGUUUUUUUAGUGUUUAAAGAUUUGAAUCCUCUUCAGUAUAAUUCAUACACAGAUCAAAUAUGGAAGUCAGCCAUAAAAAGAUAUGAAGAUGAACUUUUUCCUGCUGAAAAAAGAGUUGCUAAUAAACUUAGAAUGCAAUUACAAACAACUCAAAAUAAUGUCUUGCAGGAUUAUGCUUACACAUACUGA